AUGGAUGCGUCUAGCGCAAGAUUGGGUUCCUUUGUUUCAUCUGUUUUGACACAGACAGUGAAUUUGCGAGCCAGGAUCGAUCCGCCACUCUCAGAAUCUUGUGCUGGCAAUCUCCUUUGGCUGGCAAUGGCACCUGGUAGUGAUCAGAUAGGAUUGCACGACUUGGUGAAAGAGAUCAGGAAGUCAAUAAAGAAAUUUGACAGAGAACAUGUUCGGAAAAUGCAGGGCGAAAGCGGUUUUCCCCUCAUCUUCGAGUCUCUCAAACAGAUAGUCGAGUUGGUUUCGGCGAACAUGGACAUAUACAGAUUCACUAGCCUAGGGAAAUUCCAGUUAUACAAAGCUGAUUUCGGUUGGGGGAAGCCGGUCUGGGUGAGCAGCGCUGGGCUGAUCUUCAAGAACGUCGUCGUCCUGAUGGAAUCGAGAUACGGCGAUGGAAUUGAAGCUUCGGUGACCAUGGAAGAAAAAGAUACGGGUGUUUUUGAGAGGAACCAAGAGCUGCUUGCAUUUGCUUCAGCAACUGAGAGCCCUUCCUGUCCGCUACCGAAUUCUCGCCUUUGA